CUCGGAACUACAGAAGUCGGAAAUUCCCGAGUUCCGGGUACAAUUGAAUGCAGCAUCAAUCCAUUCAACGCUGAAUAUCGGAAAGGAAAAGAAAUCCAAAACGGGGAGUCAGAACCAGGGUUCUGAAGCUCCGUCCGCAGGGGGAUCUAAUGUGACCUGGUGUAAGAGGGACCUUGAUGGGCAACGGGUGUACAGCAAUAAGCGGAGGAAAAGGGGAUCAUCUGCUGCUCCCUAGAUCCGGAUUUUAAUUUGCAGAGGCUGAAGGACCUUCUUCAGGACUCUUGUUGAGGCGUCGAGGAGGAAGAUGUCGGUCACCAGCCACCAUCCAGUUGGAGCAGGAGACAGAGAGAGGUCGAACAGUGUUGGCAACAGGCGAGGCCACAUAACGUGGACAACUUGUUGUCAGCUCAAACCCUGUACCAGGUGACAUGUAACCACUGUCAAACGAGGGACGCAGUCAUCCGUUGUGGGGAAUGUAUGCCCUUAGAGUGGUUUUGUGCAGAGUGUGAUCAAUUGGCACAUAAACGCCACACUCUGCACAGUAGGCAAACCACCAUGGCUGGGUUUUUACAGUACAUUCCUCCAACGGAGUCUGUGAAACUCGUUGAUGGCAGGUAUAUUGUCAGUGAACAAGGUGAGUAUCUCCUUUUUAAUCGAAUGGCUCUUAUCUUUCCAUCCCAGACAAUAUUAUUACCUCUUGAAAUAUUUUUUUCAAAGUACUUGUUGCGACCCAAACAUUCCUACAUUUCUUCCUGAUUUUCAGUCCAGACUGUUUCCUACCAAAUGCUUUUCCCAAGAGCAUCUGCUCUUGUGAAACAAAUGAUGUUGCCAUCUCCGUUGGUAGAUCAGUGACACUGGUUUGCAUAAAUGGUAAGAUUUCGUGAAAUAUAAAUAAUUCUAAAAAAAUGUUAUUGUUCGAUGUUAAUUAUUUUUCUUUCUCUUGCUCUCAGGCCGGUAUGAUUUAAGUCUUCCAGUGCUAACAUGCCGACAUUGCAGCAAGCAGUGGGGUCCAGAAUUCUCAGACUUUGUUAGGAGUGGGUACUGGCCCGCUACUAUGCAAGCACAGACCCUGUUCCACCAGGAUCUGUUCAGUUCAUUUGAGGCAAUGAAGACUGCAGCUCCAGGAAUGUCUAGGCAGGCCUUCACUGCAAUGUUGGACCAUAGAACCAAGCAGUUUGGACGAACCGUAAACGUGAAUGCAGACGCUUUUCAGAGGAGUUUCCUGCAGUACGUGUACUGCAAGUCAGAAGAAAGCAAACUUCUGGGGAAGGAUCCAUUCAUCUGUCCAGCCUUUAGCCCUGAAAUGGUUGCUAUUUCAGUUGAUGGCAACAGGAAACUCUACAGGUUCCAAAAAACAAACCAGAGGGAAGAGCCUGGGUUCUUCGAUGGUGUGUUUUUAGCCAAAGACUCUGAAGUGUCUACUUUUGUUGAGGAGGUCCGGGGGGCUGUCAAGAGUACUUCAAGAAAAGCAAUGUGUGGAGAAACCCACUGGUCAGCAGCAAGAGAGACAUCUAGACAGAGCAGCAAGUUAGAUGAAGAAGGCGUAGAAGUUGGGUGUGUCGGCAUGGAUUCCUCCUCAAAGGUCUGAAUAUGUAUCGAGGAGAAAUCUUUGCGGAUCCAAUGUUUCUCCAAAAAGAUCUCCAGAGCGCAAAGUUUUUGGCAAUGGACGUGACCUGCCGAUACGUGGCUUACAUGAAUAAGGUGUCAGAGGCACUGACUCAUCUCAAACCUCUUCAGGAAAUGAGGCAUUGCCUGUCUGUGAUGCACGCCAAAGCCCACAAUACCAAAUGCGAGAUUCUUUGGAGUGCAAGAAACCAGGAGGGUGUCGGCACCACUCUUGGUGAAGAAGUUGAGCAGGUCAACAGCUAUCUCUCAAGAUGUGCCCUGAUCACCAAGUAUAUGGCCAAGUCAGUAAGAAUUGACAUGCUUACUGUACAUGCCAUAGGGUGGAAUCAGCGCAAAGAGGAUGGCCUUCACAUUGCCUUGUCUUCCAGAUUUAAAAAGACAGUGGAAAAGACCUGGGAAGUUUCUGAGAACCUGAAGAAGCUGCAGGACCAGAUGCAUUGCUGUGAUGGCAUGCUAAAACAGUGGGUUGCUGAUGUCAAGCAGUGGGCCAGUAGCGGAAGUGCAGCUGCUAGUGUUGAUGCUGUUCGGGGUCUGCAGAUCUCGAUCGAAUCGCUCUUCGUGAGCAUACGGCACAAGAAGCAAUUCCUCUACAUACAUAAUGAUCGCAACAAAAGGCGUCAGAAAAUAACCCAAAAGAUAGCCCAGGAGAAGAAACGGUUGCUAGAGGAGAUCGUUUGGUACAACCAAAAGCCUGAUGUGGACCUGGUGGAUACCAGCUCUGUUGUGCAGAACCUCUCCAGCAAGGCUGAUGAGCGCAUGAUCUGGCCAUGGCAGGAGCAGAACAAAGACGGUGUUGACAUCCUGACCAAGAAGAAGCUAUUUGACCUGCAUAUGCUUGCUUCAAGACUGGCAGAGGAAAAGGAGAUCCUGGUGAAAGAGAUGAUGCAACACUGUCAGUACCUCAAGGAGGCAUGCACCAAAGUCCAGUCUCUGAUGGUCACCAUUUCAGGGAGCAUACAGACAGGAAGCUAUCCAAAUGGCUUCACAGAAAAGGGGUCCAAAGGCCUCAUCUGUGUUCUUCAGAGAAGGUUGAAAGACCUAAAGCUUAAACAGAGGACUGUUGCAGGCACCUACAGAGGCAUUCUCGAACCAGGUGUCAGACUGGUGGAAGAGGAGGACGGGGAACUGGAGGAAGACAUGGAUUCGCAGAGUGAUGACAGCUCGGAGGAUGAGGAUGAUGGAGAGGAGGUGUAGGGGCUAAUAUUAAUAUAUAGCCUGUUAUUUUUAUUUUUUUAGGUUGCUCAUACUGUUUUGUUUAAUUUCUCUUUAGCUUUUAGUCGUUUUCAUCUUUGAUUUUACUUGCCUAACGCCUGAUUUCCAUCGGGGACGUACGCGCGCGGAACGGCUGUGAACUCUGCCCAGCGUCCAUUUCCACCGGGAGGGUAACGGCAGCGUAGCGCUGCCUUGCAAGUAUUCACGCGAGAUUACGUGAUAAUCCUUGUUAUGCAUUGUCCUUAAUGUUGUAUGUUUACUCAUGUGCUGUUCCAUGAAUCAGAAUAAAUGCUUGCUUCCGAAGUUCUGGAAGCUCUUGUAAAAUUGGUUGUUGAUUGUUGUAUUGCUCUUACAAGUACUUGGUUACAGUAGGCUACUUAAAUAGAUGUGAAUGUGAUGGUACACCAGUACAAACAUCUGAGGCUCGUAGGCCUAUAACCUUUCAGUAGUCACUUAAUCACCCCCAGUUAUUUCAAUAAACCAAUGUUAUUAUUAAACUUCA